AUGGGCACGUCGAUCUCUACACAACGUCGUCCCUAUCGUCCAUUCAAUACAGGGGAAUUUACCGUCGCAUGGCUCACAUUUAAGGGAGAUGCUAUAGAAGAUGAAGAGCAGCAUUAUGUAGCCAAGAAGGACGAAUUAGUGUCAUCAAAGCUACUACGAGGACUUUUUGGAGACAUUAUUAUGCAGUAUUUUGAAGACAUUCCGGAGAAUUUGAUUUCCAAGGAGGCAUUUGUCUGUAUCUUGGCUUUAUUCUACGAAGGCUCUCUAGAGGAUCGUAUCAGCUACAUGUUCACCAUGUAUAGUAUCAUUUUUUUGGGUGAAAAUCACAAGAAAGAAGGGUUUAUUGCGGAAAAGGACUACCUUUAUCUGCUUAACUACUUGGAGGAUCACAUGACGUUGCCGAAACAACUCUACGCUGCAUUUGAAGAAUGCACGAUUCCCAUGGCAGGACUGUUGUCAAAUUCGCAAUUUAUAACGUGGAUGCGUCAAUAUCAAGACGUCAUGGAGUUUCUUACUAUCCAUCUUGCGCAACCUGCAGUACCUGGAACUCCGCUGGUAUCUAUUCACAAUAGUGAAGAGAAUCUGUCAAGCCUGGAUUCUUUGAACAACAGCCCAUCUUGCCAAAACGAUACAAACCCGAAUCCGCUCCGUUCCUUCGACUUCAUAGGUGGCGAGGACAGUUGCGAUGAAGACUCGGACGGACUCUACGACUCUGACCACCUCACGGAGAUGGAGAUGUCCCAGAGUUCGUAUCGUGAUAGCGCCACGUCAAUGAAUGGGAACGAUGAACGGACAAGCAUUUUGAAAAACGCUGGCGCAGUGGUUCAAGAUGACAUUGGUGAACACAUAAGCGACGUAAGCGGUCAGGGAGGGCAACGAGUUGAUACGCCGUCAGUACCCGUAUCUGCUCGCAAUCCUGCUUACCCGUCUGAAGACUCCGCAACACAAUCAAGGCAAGCACAAAACCGGUCUGGACGUUUACGUUCGCGUGGCGUUCAAAAGAUGGGAAGAUACAUGGGCAAGGCCGUUGGUGGUGGUAUUUCCCGAGUUGGCCACGUGGGCCGAAGCAUCUUGCAUGUGCGCAAAUCCCAGGGCCACAACCAACAACAUUCUGGUGACCAGCACAACGAUGAUCCAGCAGCAGUCUUGCCCGCAGGUUAUUCGUUCUCAUCGGAGUCUCAAAGUACAAAAAAGUAUGUCUGUGGCUACUUGCACAAGAUAAGCGACAGCAAGUGGGGUAAGAAGGGGUCGUGGCACCGAAGAUGGUUCGUGCUUGAUCGUCAGCGUGGAGUUCUCUCUUACUAUCGACAUAACCCCGCCAACCUCAUGCCAACGUCAUCGUCUCAAAAUGACAACAUUGUUCACAUGGUAGAUUCCCCCCUUCCACCAGGUAAAUGUACGACUGCUGCCUCUAGCGACCCAUCUUCCGAGCCGAAAACGCAAUCAAUUGGAUCAACGACGACCGUUCCAUCUUCUACCGGUAGUAGCAUCGGCGAGGAUGACAAUAAUGACAUCUUUGGCUGCGUAAGUACAUCGACUGAUGAAGCAAAAGAAGCAGAAUUGGCUGUCCGAAAUACCACAGUUAUCGACGAACCAAUUACUUCUGGGCAACAGCAAGAGCAGGACCAAUCUCAAGAGCAGCAGCAACAGACUGUACUGUAUCUGAACGAGGCCCAUCCCUGGUAUCGCGGUGCCUUGGACUUAAACAUGGACAACGUGUCAUUGCUUUUCGAGAAGACUCUAGCAAGGAAUGCGCCGACACAGUAUUUCUUUCAGGCUUCCACAUUGUCUCUGCACGAUAUCGACUCGAAGCGCGGCGUCAAAUACAAGCUGUGCGCGGACACGGAAACCGAUUUUAAUCUCUGGACAUCUGCGAUAGCCGAUGUCAUCAACCGAAAGGAUGCUCAAAAUGGGAAAGCUAGUAGUGGCGCACCAGUACGUUCACAUCAGCAGCUCUAUCGGCAGCGGCUACUCCAGAAGCAAAUGGAGGCGGAAGUAGUGCAGGCUCAUGACUCGGAAGGUGGUCCUGACGAAGCAGCUGAUAGUGGCCACGACUCGCCACCCCCAGUUCUUGGACGAGCUAUUCCCGACCGUCAUGGCCCUGUUGAAGAUAGACAAACCACCCAGGUAUUGAACGAUGCUGCCCCAUCGUCGUACGUGAAGCGAAAUAUUCCUCCUCGCAUCGUGACGCAGUUUUCCUCGGACCUCGACGGUGGUGCUUCGAGCUGGCAUCUUCACAUUCAUGUUGAUGGAGCCAAGCAAUGCCUCAUUGUCGGCUUCAUGCUGAACAUUGUAGCACUCCAUUUCCUUGCUAGCGAGCACGUGCUGUGGAAAGUGGCCAUUUGCUUUACCGUGUCGGGCAUGUUUGUGCGCAACGUAUACAACCCGAGGGCACUGCGUCAGCAGCGACAUGGAAGCUAUGGAGACUUGAAUGGUAAUAUGGAGAAAACACGACAUGGGACUGACGUCGCACAGUGUAGUGAUCCAGCAAAAUGUUGCCAACACAAGGUGAUGCCAGCGGGCUCGGAUCGAGGAGCAAACGAUUGUAUGGACGGAUCUACUGAUGAACCACACCAGCGCUCCAGCGGUGCUGACAAUCGAAGUCUUGCGAAGAUACCUAUGGGCAGCACCAUGACUCAAUCCGAUAUGCAAGCAGACGGGCGAUCAAGUAACGUGGAGCAUUCAUGGACGUCAACCCGAGCUGAAGCCUUUGCAGUUCGGAGCUCUGACUACAAGAAGUCACGGAAGAAAGAGCCUUCAAAGGCAGCACUCUUCGAGUUUAUCGGAGCUGACUUCGUUCGAACCGAUAGCAAGCUGGAUCUGAUCUCUGAGCGCGUUGAAUUUCCUCCAGAGCAUGAAAAUAGACGGCUCUUUGUCAUCAAUGCUCAGCUUCCGUCAUAUGGACCAAGUGUAUGGGGAGAUAGCUCGUACGAUGGCCCAGGCUACAGCUUAGCUCUAUACUGGAAGAUCCCAGACGAAAUUUUCGAGGAAUUGAAGAACCCCACGACAACGACACUCAAGCUGCUCAAACGCUUCCUCGAAGCUGGCAACGACACGUCAUUAACCGAUCGCUUCAAGGUCAUUGCACAAGUGAUGAACCAAGAAGAGUGUGGCAUCACUGGAAUGAGCAAGAAGUUACUAAUGAGCCACAAUGCAACGCCUGUGCUAACACGGCCACAGCAUCGUAUCUACCAUUUCCAAGACGAGUGCACUGAGAUUGUCAUAGACAUUCACGCUUUCUCGUACAUUGCACGUCGAGGCAUUCACUCCCUGAUCGACAAGACGUCACGUUUGGUGAUUGAUCUAGCUUUUGUGAUCCAAGGAGAAGCAGAAGACGAACUUCCAGAGCAAGUACUGGGUUGCUGUCGUCUAGACCGUAUCAACGUGCAAAAGGCAGUAGAUCUGCCGUGCUAA